ACUCGCAUGUAAUGGCCGACUUCGCGAUUCACUUAUCACUUCCCUAACUUCAUGAUUGUUGUGUGCGGCAUUUGUUUGCGCUGAAGUUCGUCUCUAAUGAGUUUUGUUAUUGCAGUUAUUACGGAGACGAAAUGCUGCGUGUUUCUGUGUAAAGCGAUUCAUACGAAAUAGACGAAGCUUCCACGAGACGAUCGAGUCCCUGAAGGAAACAACAUGACAUUGUUCGGUAUUCGGACACGUUCGAGCAAUUUCACUAAUUUUUGUGUUUCAACGUCAGGUUAGGUUUCCAUCGUAGGAAAGCCGGCUGCAUUUUCAAGUUAAGGCUAGGCUAGGCGAGCAUACAAAAAUUUAGUUCAAUAAAUAUAUUAACAGAGAGUCAGGUUAGAGUCAACAACGACUCUCUACGAGGCCAACAUCUACACGAAAAAGACAUGGGAUCGUUGAACCUCGUUUGCCCAAUGUGCUGUGGAGAGACCUUUAACAAUCCACAGUCAUUGAAGUAUCAUUUAUUAAGUAUGACGGACAACCUAUACUGUCCUGGUUGUUCGCAGCGUUCUGACUCUGUAAUGGCACUUAUCCAACAUUUGGAUCGCUGUGGACAGAGUGCCGAUCCAGAGGAAUCGCAGGAUGAAAAGCAUGAAUGUACACAAGAGAUUCAAGAGGAAUCAGAAACAGAUGCAACAGUGCUAAUGGAUGCCAAUGUUGAAGACAUAGACCAAAGUUUCUUAGCAACUGUAAAUGAUAGUAGAAUUAUGAUAGUUGGGGGGCCUCAAACGAUACAAGUUGAUGAAAAUGGAGAGAUUAAGGUCGUAGAAAAAAUGGACACAGAUGAUACACAAAUGGAGCAAAGACCUUUGGAAUUUAAGAUGACAGAAAAAGUUCCUACUACUGCCAAAAAAGAGGAGAAGUCCUUGACUCAAGAUCAUAUAGUAACUAUUUCAGCAGCUGAAACAGACGAUAAAGAUGGAAAUAAAAAUAUAAUUACUAUUUUACCCGAGGGCUCAGAACUCCUCGAUGAAAGUACUGGUGCUUUGAUAAAUAUGGACCACAUAAAUGAUGUGGGUGAAUUAGAUGAAGACGGAUUAUUGCAUGUAAAGGAAGAACUCUGCGAGUUAGAACCAGAAGCUGUUUACAGCUGUACUAGCUGUGAUAUGAGUUUUAAUUCAGUCGUCGAGCAUAUAAAACAAUAUCACGAUGGCCAAGAAGUACUACUGGAAAUAGCCGAUCAAUUAGACGAUCUACCUACUGUACCUGUAGCUAAUGCCCUACCAGCAGAGUCAGGGAAUGUAGUUAACACAAGACAAAGGCAAAGCAUGAAUACGCUACGUACGGAAGAAUGCGUAGACAGCGAAGGAAGACUGUACACACGAAAAGUUGUACAAAUAGAAAGGUUUUGGGAUAGAGCUCCGGCUCAAACGUCGUUACAAUCCACCAAAGCACCGAUGAUAGAAAAGUUUUUUUCUAAUGUAGAAGGAGUAAAAGUACGAGAGAAGAGAUUGGCGGCUGCGCCAAUGAGAAUGUACAGAUGUAAUCAGUGCCUUCAACAAUUCUCCAAAUUAGGAAAUUUCCGGGUGCACGCGUGUCUUCAUGGCAACAAUCGUUGCGACAGCUGCGAUCAAACAUUUGCAACGCCAAAAGCAUUGCAACUGCAUACGAAGGUUCACGAAGGUGAACCAGACCCGAAUCAAAAGACAUUUGUAUGUGAAACAUGUGGGACAGAGUUCUGUUCGCAUAAAAGCUUGCGAUUGCAUUCUCGGAUGCACGCGCCAGUUAGGGCAAGACACGUCGAUGCACCCGAAGGAACACCUAGCGCUACAUUCACCUGUCCCGAAUGUGGUAAAACGUUAGCAGAAUCGUACAAGGAAGCGCAUAUGGCACUACACUCUGGCGACUCUGUAACUUGUACAGUUUGCAAUCGGAAAUUCGAUUCUGCUGAUAGUUUAGCGAUGCAUGCAGCGGUACACACAGAACUCAGUCAAUCGCAUUCGCCGACGCCACCCUCGACGGAAACCGCAUCCACGGAACCCACGGAAAAUCAAAAGCCAUAUCAGUGUCAGCACUGUGGUCGUCGAUUUACAAGACCCCAUGAGAAGGUGAAACAUGAGCGAAUUCAUACUGGGGAAAAGCCACAUGCGUGCGAAGUCUGCGGUAAAACGUUUCGUGUCUCGUAUUGUUUAACCUUGCAUAUGAGGACUCAUACCGGGGUCAGACCUUAUGGUUGUCAGCACUGUGGCAAAAGAUUUAAGGCUUCCUCUGUGUACAAUCACCAUUUGCUUACGCACGGCGAAGAACGCGCUUACACUUGCCCUUAUUGUCCAAAAACUUUUAAAACGCGUGUUCAAUUAGCGGGCCACAAGAACAGCCACACGAAACCGUUCCGGUGCACUGAGUGUUCACGGCCGUUUGCAUCCUUGUAUGCCGCGCGUGCUCAUAUACAAACACACAAGAAGGAUAACAAUUUGAAAUUCAGUUGUUACAUUUGUGGUGCAUCGUACGGUAGGGCAUUCGCACUAAAGGAUCACUUGAAACAACACGGUACAGACAUACUAGCUCCGCCAGAACCAGCAAGGGAAGAAGAAGUUCAUGAAGGAGAAGAUUUCUUAUUAGCGGAAGAGGAAGUGGAGGACGAUGAAUUAGUUAUUCCCUCUCCAUUACCAGUUGAACAAUCAUCAGAAGCUGAGGACACUGAAUGAGACUAUGAAAGCUAGUCAAAUGUUUGUUAUAAAAUUGUAGUUUAACAUUGUUCAAUAUACCGAUAAAUGUAAUAACGAAUAAUUUUGUAUUUUACGUAGAACUCUCUGGAGACUAUAUUGGCUAAAUUUUUGUAUUAGAGUGCUGGAUUAGAAGUAUAAAAAUUUUGAAUUCUAAUACAAACUGCUGUGACUAGAGAUGAGAUAGUAUUGGUUUGUAAAUAACGUAAUUCGAUUUUGUACAUCCUCAUUUGGUUUUGUAUGGUUAGAGAAAUGUUACAUACGAAUAGCGAUUGUACUAUGAGAAACUGUAGUUUUUAAUUGUGUGCCUAUUUACCAUAUUCAAGUAAAAUGGAACAUAUUAUUUGAUUCGUAAUGCAUUUUAACGUAUUACACGUUCCGUUGUUCUUGUUGCAAUGUGAUUUCCCACAAUUAAAAUUUUCUUUCCUGUGUUUCUUGAUUUUUAGUUUGUUCGGUAUUAACCCGAACGAGGACUUGUAAUAAAAUACACUUACGGAAUACCAUUCUAUUUGGAGCUCUGGACGAAAUGAAGAAUCUAGUAGAGGACAAAGAUUAAUUUUAUCAUUACAUUAAGUUCCGUUGAUGUUAGAAUUUAUAACACUGUAAAAAUACAGAUGUAUUCGUGUAAAGUGUUCUGUAAAGAAUUUACGAUUUGAA